AUGCCAACCAGACUAACCAAGACUAGAAAGCACAGAGGUCACGUCUCAGCCGGUAAGGGUAGAAUCGGUAAGCACAGAAAGCACCCCGGUGGUAGGGGUAUGGCCGGUGGUAUGCACCACCACAGAACCAACCUGGACAAGUACCACCCAGGUUACUUCGGUAAGGUGGGUAUGAGAUACUUCCACAAGCAGAAGAACCACUUCUGGAGACCAGUCUUGAACUUGGACAAGUUGUGGACCCUCGUUCCUGAGGAGAAGAGAGAGCAGUACUUGAGCUCUGCCUCCAAGUCCGCUGCCCCAGUGAUCGACACCCUAGCCGCCGGCUACGGUAAGGUUUUGGGCAAGGGCAGAAUCCCAAAUGUGCCUGUCAUCGUCAAGGCCAGAUUCGUCUCCAAGCUAGCCGAGGAGAAGAUCAAGGCUGCCGGUGGUGUUAUCGAGUUGAUUGCCUAA